AUGUCAACCCUACUCAGUGACAGGAAGGCAACAGGAAAGGAAGAUGAACCUGUGUGCGCAUAUCUACAAUCCAUCAUUGAGACUCUGGGCAAAGAUGGCAUGAGCUCUGAUGAGAGCAAGAACAAAGUUGGUGAGGUGCAGGUCUUUCAUCUAAAGACACUGCCAUGGAGGACAGAUUUCCAUCAUGAGAUGAAGAUCAUUGAUGAACAGCAUUUGGUUGGUGCCACCAACUUUACUCCCCAGGGCAGCAAGCCUGCGAAGCAUUUUCACAAUGCUAUUAAUGAGUCUUCUCGCUCAGCUGUUGCAGAUCUACCAAAAGCAUUCUACAACCCAUCAUGGUUGAAUGAACAAUGUCCACCAUUCACUGUGUCUAAGAAGAAGUUCCAGAGGAUGGAGAUCGUCGUUGCUGUCAAGUGA